GGCUGCGAGGCGUAAUUGACUGUUAGGUGGACCUCUGCCCCGCAAAUUGGACCCUUUUUUAUUGGGGAGAUGAAUUAGCGCAAAUUUGGGAUAUUUAUUUUCCCCUUGUCUUUGGGGUUUGUUUUCCUUUACGAACCUCUGGAUAACUAAAAAAAAAAAAAAAAAAAACUUCCCUUCUCAGUGGAACCGUUAUAACCUCCUUAUACUGGAAAUAUAAGCUGACAUGAUGGAGAAGUCACGACGCCUGCAACGGGUAACCAUCAGUCUGCUGUUUGGCGUGUGGCUGCCUUGCUGUUUCGCCCAGACCACACCGCCGCCCUCGGCUUCGGCCACGCCAUCGCCCACCCCGUCUCUCUCCCCGUCUCCCUCCCCGUCCCCCCGGGCCCAGACGGAGCGUCUGAAGUUCAGGCUGGCUGGUUACCCCCGGAAACACAAUGAGGGCCGCAUCGAGGUUUUCUACAAGGGAGAGUGGGGAACCAUCUGUGACGACGACUUCUCUAUCAAUAACGCCCAGGUGCUCUGCCGCCAGCUGGGCUUCGUCUCAGCCACGGGUUGGACCCACAGUGCCAAGUACGGCAAGGGCCAAGGGAAAAUCUGGCUGGACAACGUGCUGUGCAACGGAGGAGAAAAGAGCAUCGAGCUGUGUAAGUCUCGCGGCUGGGGAAACAGCGACUGCACUCACGACGAAGACGCCGGAGUGGUGUGCAAAGACGAGAGGAUCCCCGGCUUCGUGGACUCAAACGUCAUCGAUGCACACGUCGAUGAGAACAAGGUGGAGGAGGUGCGGCUCCGUCCCGUGGUUGCCAUGGCGAAAAAGAAGCUGCCCGUCAUCGAGGGUGUGGUGGAGGUGAAGCACAAGGACGGCUGGGCGCAGAUCUGCGACCUGGGAUGGACGCCCAAAAACACCCGCGUUGUCUGCGGCAUGCUGGGAUUUCCACACGAGAGGAAAGUCAACAAAAACUUCUACAAACGUCUGAAAAAGCGAGCGGCGGAGAAGGUCUCCAAGCCAAAGGUUAAUGUUUCAGCCGCUGGAAGGCAGACAUCCAAAGCUAAAGCUAACUCUAAGUCUAAACACAGCGGCUCUGGCAAAAGGCUGUAUUUGGAGCGUCAGAAGAACAACUACUACAUCCACUCUGUGGCCUGCACGGGCACAGAGAUCCACCUGGCCGCCUGCCCGAUGGAGUUCGCCAAGCCAAACGCCACCUCGUCCUGCGAGGGCGGCAUGCCGGCCGUCGUCAGCUGCAUGCCAGGCCCCCACUUCAUGCAGAACAGCGGCCUGAAGAAGAAACUGAAGACUUCGAGCAACGUGAGGCUGAAGGGCGGGGCGAAGAUGGGUGAGGGCCGGGUGGAGGUGCUGAAGAGCGGCGAGUGGGGGACGGUGUGUGACGACCGCUGGAGCCUGCUGUCUGCCAGCGUCGUCUGCAGGGAGCUCGGCUUUGGCAGCGCCAAGGAGGCUCUGACCGGAGCCCGCAUGGGACAAGGUAUGGGCCCGAUCUACAUGAACGAGGUGAAGUGCCUCGGGACGGAGAAGUCCAUCUGGAACUGUCCGUUUAAAAACAUCACCUCCGAGGACUGCCAGCACGUGGAGGACGCCGCUGUCCGCUGCAACGUGCCCUACAUGGGACUGGAGCACUCGAUCCGGAUCACAGGUGGACGUACGCGUUACGAGGGCCGUGUGGAGGUGACGGUCUCAGACUCUAACGGGACGCAGAGCUGGGGCCUCAUCUGUGGAGAGGGCUGGGGGACCAAGGAGGCCAUGGUGGUCUGCAGGCAGCUGGGCUUGGGCUACGCUAACCACGGCCUGCAAGAAACCUGGUACUGGGACAGCAGCAACGUGACCGACAUGGUUCUGAGCGGCGUGAAGUGCACGGGAAACGAGAUGGCGCUCACUCAGUGCCAGCAUCACAAAACGGUCAGCUGUCAGAAAGCGGCCGCCAAGUUCGCCGCGGGGGUCAUCUGCUCCGAGACGGCGUCUGACCUGGUUCUGAACGCCCCGCUGGUCCAGCAGACGGUUUACAUCGAGGACCGGCCUCUGCACAUGCUCUACUGCGCCGCCGAAGAGGACUGCCUGUCAAAAUCUGCUGCCAAGGCCAACUGGCCCUACGGACACCGACGCCUCCUUCGCUUCUCCUCCCAGAUCCACAACAUCGGCCGGGCUGACUUCAGACCCAAGGCCGGGCGGCACUCGUGGGUCUGGCACGCCUGCCAUGGCCACUACCACAGUAUGGAUAUUUUCACCCACUACGACCUGCUGAAUGCCAACGGGAGCAAAGUGGCCGAGGGACACAAAGCCAGUUUCUGCCUGGAGGACUCAGACUGCCAGGAGGGUGUCUCCAAGCGGUACGAGUGUGCCAACUUUGGUGAGCAAGGCAUCACCGUGGGCUGCUGGGACUUGUACCGUCACGACAUCGACUGCCAGUGGAUCGACAUCACAGACGUCAAGCCUGGAAACUACAUCAUGCAGAUUGUGAUAAAUCCAAAUUUUGAAGUGGCCGAGAGCGACUUCACCAACAACGCCAUGAAAUGUAACUGCAAAUAUGACGGCCAUCGCAUCUGGCUCCACAACUGUCACAUUGGCGAUGCCUUCAGUGAGGAGGCAGAGAGGAGGUUUGAGAAAUACCCCGGACAGCUGAAUAACCAAAUUUCUUAAUCCACAAGCUUUUCACAACCAUGUAAGAACCAAAGUGGGGGUCGCAUGUAUGAAGAACAUUCCUCUCCAGCUCAAAAAGUGAAGCGCGCACCCCUCCCUGUCCGCUCCCCGUAUGGAUCCCCACCCAAAACCCCGUCUGAUCACAUCCGAUCCGGUCAUCUGACGCUCUGCACGGCUCGUGGAAGGAGCCGAGUCCCAGUGUUAUUUCCCUCCGGUGAAUGUGUCGUAUGUCUGAGUUAUUAUACUUGAAUAUUCGAGUGCUAAUCCUUUUCUGAACUUUUUUUUUUUUCUCGGUCAAACGUCUUUUUACCAAGUUUAAAAAGUCUGUUUUUUUUGUACGCCUGUCGCCUUCUAUUGAAUGUUUUUGUUCUGAGUUAUGAAUGGAGUGUUAUUUUUUUAUAGCCAGUUUUAUUUUACGUGGAGUGCGCAGGUGCAGGUGCAGGUUCAGAACUAUCACAGGUGUUAUUAAGA